ACUCUGGCAACAAGCCCCAAACCAAAUCCCUGGACUUGUGUCUGCCUUUCAGGAAGUCUUCCCUUUCUUACUUUCUCUAAAGAGGCUGAGUUGAGCGGUUGCUGGGUUUUAUAACAAUAUACAGCUGGUUCCUGUUUCAGAAGGACAAGCCUGAACUCACUGUCCUGCCUCAGGGCCUGGGCUCCAUACCUGCGAUGUAGACAGUCUUCUACUUUUUAACAAGCUGGACUUGAAGUUGGAGUAAAUCGCCUGGUUGAGUGACAGGUGUUUCCCAGGUAAGCCCUCGGGGAGAUUCUCCAGUUGGGCAGGACACCUGUCCCCAGAGGCCUGGCAGGCUGGCCUGCUUUGGCAGAGUGCAAAGUGAGGGGCAGCUGGCUUUCCUCUCUUUGGGUCGACAGCCCAUCUCAGGGACCGGCCGCUCCCUGUUCUUUCUUCUUUCUCGUUUUAAGCCUCGCGCUGCUCCCCCUCGUCGCUCUGGUCUAGCUCGGUCUCCGCUCGGCCUCAGUCUGGGCUCCGGGCCUCCCCCUCCCCUCCCCCGCGCCGUCAUUCACUCGGCUCCUCUCCGCGCACAGCCAAUGGAGAGACCGGGCCGAAACGGCGAGGCUCGCUCGCACAGGGCUUUUUCGCUCGGUGAUUGAUGUCCCAGAGUCAACAGCGAGCGAGCAAUCAGAGAGGGGAAGGAGAAGCCGGAGCGGAGAAGAAUACGGCGCCCCCUCUGCCUCGCCUCCCCGACCGUAGCCCUCUGCGCACUUCGCCUCUCAGACUCGGUGCUGCCCGGAGCCGCCGACCACCGCCGCCUCCAAGCUCGGCUCGCUCCCCCGGAGCCCAGCGCCGCAAGCGCCGCCCCGGCCCGCCGGGAGGGGACGGGGGCGGAGGGGCGGCAUGGAGCACCUGGGCCCGCACCACCUCCACCCGGGCCACGCGGAGCCCAUCAGCUUCGGCAUCGACCAGAUCCUCAACAGUCCGGACCAGGGCGGCUGCAUGGGGCCCGCAUCUCGCCUCCAGGACGGAGAAUACGGCCUCGGCUGUUUGGUCGGAGGCGCCUACACUUACGGCGGCGGGGGCUCUGCGGCCGGGCCGGGGGCCGGGGGAGCGGGGCCCUACGGCGCGGGCGGCCCCCCCGGCGGCCCCCCGGGCGGCCGCGCAAACGGACUGGGCACGCUACCCGGCACAUACAGAGUGAACAUGGCCUUGGCCGGCGGCCCCGGGCCCGGAGGCGGCGGCGGCGGCGGCGGCGGCGGCGGCGGAGGCGCGCUGAGCGCCCCGGGGGUGAUCCGGGUGCCGGCGCACAGGCCCCUGGCUGGAGCCGUGGCCCACCCCCAGCCGCUGGCCGCCGGGCUGCCCACCGUGCCCACCGUGCCCGCCGUGCCGGGCGUCAACAACCUCACCGGCCUCACCUUCCCCUGGAUGGAGAGCAACCGCAGGUACACAAAGGACAGGUUCACAGGUCACCCCUAUCAGAACCGGACGCCCCCCAAGAAGAAGAAGCCUCGCACGUCCUUCACGCGCCUGCAGAUCUGCGAGCUGGAGAAGCGUUUCCACCGCCAGAAGUACUUGGCCUCGGCCGAGCGCGCCGCCCUGGCCAAGGCGCUCAAAAUGACCGACGCACAAGUCAAAACCUGGUUCCAGAACCGGCGGACGAAGUGGAGGAGACAGACCGCGGAGGAACGCGAGGCCGAGAGGCAGCAGGCAAACCGCAUCCUCCUGCAGCUGCAGCAGGAGGCCUUCCAGAAGAGCCUGGCGCAGCCGCUGCCCGCCGACCCCCUGUGUGUGCACAACUCCUCGCUCUUCGCCCUACAGAACCUGCAGCCCUGGUCUGACGACUCCACCAAGAUCACCAGCGUCACGUCGGUGGCCUCGGCCUGCGAAUGAGCCCGCUGUUCCACCCGGACCGGCCAAGUAAGGCCGCCUACGCCCCAGCCAAGACUCCCCUCCCUCUCCUCCUCCGACUGCGACUGCAAGCAGGGGGAAGGCAGAGCCCGGCACAGGCCCGCCCGCGCUCUGCCUGACUUGCCUCGGUGGAAGAGAAGAGAAGAGCACUGUACACAGGGCACACAUGGGCACCCGCCUCCUCCCGAGCCUGCACCCCAUGCCUGCCAGGACCGUUCGGAACCUCUCAGUUUUCCUCUAUUUCAUUUUAUUCGGAUUUCCGCAAGGGACGGAGAGGUCAGGGAGGUAGUGGUGGAAGUGCCUCUGGGACCCCCGAGGCUGCCGCCUGAACUUGCUCUGAGGAGCCCUCUGUCUCCCUCCUUGUGCACAGCAGAGGCCCGCACUGCGGUGUCACUGUCCCAGAGCCACACUGGCAGAGUGUCCUGCACACACAGGGUCGUAGCUUACACACUGCUGAGCCCACGACUGGGAACAGGCCGAGGGUGACCCGCACCCACUCUGCAGCAUGGUCCCCUCCCGCACAAGGCCACCCUAACCACCGACACCCAGAGGCCUCACCCGGCCCCUGGGCCCCACGCAUCCCAGCUGAACCCAGGUAUGCAGACAGGCUGCCACAGACUCAGCCCAUCCUCAGAUCCCAUUUGUAAAGGGGAGGUUUAAAUUAUGCACUUAUAAGGUGUUUUCUGUGUACCAUUUUAUAAAGUGCUUGUGUAAUUUAUGUGGAAAAAAUAAUAAAACCCUCCGGAUCCGGAGUCAGGGCUGCCUGCUCCUUGCUGAGCCUAACAUCUUGCAGCUACUUGGGUUUGGUGGAACUGGGGCUUGGGGGGCAGUGCUGGUGCCUCAGCUUGAGAGAUACUGGGUGGGCAGUGCCCUCGGGCUCUGGAGAGGGCUAGGCUCUCCUGGAACUG